AUGAAGAUAGCUUCAAGUUUUUCGAUUUUUUCGUGCAUUUAUGCCCAGGUUCCUCUCUGCCAUACAAGAGUUGAAGAUGCAGCUUGUCUAGAAUAUGAGGGAAGCGGUGCAGGAGAUGGAUCAGCUGGAGGCCCUGAUUGCUUACUUUACGAAACUGUCGUAAACGAUUUGAGCGGUGGAAUAUUCGCUGUUCAGGCACCUUACAACGGAACAAUUUGCAGAAGAUCUCUUUCAAUUCCUGGGUGUCAGAUAUUCGAGGGCUUUGUCAAUGGUGUAUCAAGCUUCACUGGGCUCAUUUCUCAUGAAUUUGAGUUUCAAGGAAAUCCAAUUUCUGUGACCCUCCAAUGCAAAGAUAUCGAUUGCUUUGAUGGCGCAAAUGGAGGCUGCUCGCACUUUUGUAACAGUAACAAUUCUAAACAUUUCUGCGAGUGUCCGAAUUGUUGGGAACUCGACGGGUAUAAAACAUGUAGGCCUGAAACUGGAAGAAUCAGAACUGCCUGUGGUCCAGAAUACAUGUCGGUUGACGUUGACAAAUGCAUAUUCCACGACAAAAGUUUGUCAUAUGCCGAGAAUUUGAACCUUCGAUGGGAUAGCUGGAUGAGCGACUGCGCUCGAUUCAGAGACAACAACGCCGGAGCUUCGCGUUCGAUGACCACACGUCUAGACAACUGCGGAACAGCAGUAUCACAAGAAGGAGAGGAAAUUGUCUUUCGAAACAAAAUCAUCAGUGGUUCUCGAUUCAACGAGUACAACAUCGUCCUCGAUAACGCAGUCGAACUUGGGGUCGAAUGCCGCUACAACACUAAUGCAUCAACGAACACUGCGAUAAUUGAAGUCGAGUCAAUGGCAGUUACAGGAGGUGCUGUUGGCUACGGCUCUUUUGCAUUCAACGCACAGUACUACAACGAUUUCACAUUCUCGACUCCAGCUGACAGCAAUAACGUCGUGGUCGUUGGCGAGCAGCUUUAUCUAGCUAUCGAGCCUAUUGCUAUCGUCAAUGGCGUUAAGUGGUACAUCACGGACUGUACAAUACACGAUGACCCAAACGAUGCUGACCGAACAUUUCCGAUCGUCGCUAAUCGUUGCCCGAACCCAUUGAUCGUUAAGACAUACAACUCCUUCUUGAACACUCACAGCUUCGACAUGAGCUACACUGCUUUCCAAUUUGAAUUCGAAGGUGGACUAGCGUCUUCACAAGCUGAGCUUUUCCUGACCUGCGAAAUAACUGUCUGCCUUGAUGGAAACUGUCCAAGUGACCCGACCUGCUGA